AUGUACAAUCGAAGACACUACCUGCUAGACUACUUUCUCCGUGACAAAUCUGGACAUCCUCCGGCAGUACGUCGUAAUCGUGGAUGUUCUAGGGAAAUUUCUGGUGCGAUCAAGAAUACUCUUGAAUCGAGCCAUCUCCCUUUCGAUGCGACGCCGCCGAAGGAUGUCCUUUUUGUGCAGCCGCUUCGCCUGUCUCCGCUGAAAUCAUGGUAUUAA